AUGCCUUCCGUCAACAACGAUCUCCCCCAGUCUGCCCAACCGUCGCCUUUUCUCAGUGGCGGUGUAGCUCCACCCUCCAGCCCUGCGAGUCAUUGCUCUGUCGACUUGCCUCUCGUUGCCUGUCUGGACGACUUGGAUGGUCAUCUCGCCGAGAAGCAAAAGAACCCCAAAAGUCCAGUGGAGGAGGUAACUCGACUUUGUGAUGCAGUCAUUGCGCUUCUUGUCCAUUUGAACAAGCAAUGUCAAACUCUUCUAGCAGUGGACGGUGCAGACGAGACUGAGGAACCAUUUCCAGGCAAGAUCUCGAAAAUUGAAGCUGCGAAGAAAGAGCAUCUUCUCAAGAUUCACGACAAAGCUUACACUGAAAGGGCUAUCUGGGCACUGAAGGUACUCUACAGCAAUCUCUCCGACGUCAGUGCCGACUUGCAGGCCAAGAUUGAUGCAGACAUCGCUUCUGCUGCUGCUCACAACGAAGAGCGGGAGAUUCUUGAGGACAGGCUGUACACGGAUAUUGCACUGUGGAAGGAAAUCAAGGCGACGGCUCGAGACUCCCUUCCAGGAGCGGUUACCCUUACCCAAGCAGAAGUUGACUCCUCAGAGAUGACUGCUGCUGAUCUAGAGGCUUUCAACAAGGCUUGCUACCUCACCAGGACUACCGUCAUGAUGGCGGCAAAGGACAUCUUGCAAGUCUUAGAAGAAGACGAGGAGAGAGGGGCAUCUUCGUCGUCCUCGACUUUGAGGCAAAAAGGAUCGGGAAGUGGAAGUAGUCGCUGA